GAAAGGAGUUGUGUGUGAAAGGCUUUGCCAGUCAGUAAAAAAAUGGACGACUUUUGUCUGUCUUUUUGCUGUCCGGACAAAACCUGAGUGUGUGAAACAGCCCUAUCUAUGGCUCCGACCAGUGGAUGGUUCCUGUGAGGCGGCUGGGCGCUGGGAGCUGCUGUCAGUGUCUGUCACUGCUGCGUGCAGUACUGCCGGGUGCCACUAGAUGCCGCCAUCUCUAUUUGUGCUGUCCCAUCUGCCAAUAGUUGGCACUUCUGAAAACAAACUGAAAGCUGAGCUAAGGGAAAGCAUGCAGGUAAUACAGGCGGGAGCAUGCAGCAUGGGGGAGAGACUCCACUGUGCAGCUCUGUAAGAUUCUCAUGAGGAUCAAUAGCUGGGAUUCUACAGAGGAAGCAGUGAAGCUGAGCGAUGGAUAACUGUGACCUGCAAGCAGUGGCAGCUGUGGACAAAUGACACAUAACCAGAUACACAGUGACUGCAGCAAGCUAUUGCCGGAGCCAUGCGCGUCGGGUGCCUGUCCUUCCGCCAGCCCUAUGCCGGCCUAAUCCUGAAUGGGGUGAAAACCGUGGAAACGCGUUGGCGCCCUCUGCUGGCUGAUCACAGGAACAGCACCAUUGCUGUACAUAUUGCAGUGCAGGACUGGGAGGGACAGGACUGGAGAGAUAUUCUUCAGAAAAGAUUUGGAAAGUCAGCUGAGCAGGUGCAGCAGCUAAUAGAACAAGGAGAACGGUUUGGCAGGGGAGUCAUUGCAGGUCUCAUCGACAUUGGCGAUACAUGGCAAUGUAUGGAUGAAGUGUCUGCUGAGGAAACCCAACAACUUGAAGACAGAGCACUGCUGACAGGGCUCCAAGGCAAAUACCUCACUGUCGUUUCCAAUGCCAGGUGGUUAUUGGAACCAAUCCCUGCGAGAGGUGCAAGAGACAUUUGGGAAAUAACUAUACCAGAUGAAUUCAUUCCUUUUUAACUUCAUGUCAAGAUGUGCGGUCCUCUGUCUUACCAUAACUGGUAUUUUUGGGCAGAGCAUCGAACUUGUUGCAAUGUGUAUUCAAUCUGUCGAAAACUGGCAACAAUUAUUAUUAUGACAUUUUGUUUAUAAAAGUGUUUUGCAGCGCCGUACAAAGGACAGUACAGGGAGACAAAACUUAGCAUUACAGUAAAUAAAUAACAAAAAUAGAGUACAGGUAACAAAGAGCACCACAAUUCUCAAAACAUAAUACAGCUAAGAUGUAAGUAGCGAGGGAGUGAUCAUCGUACUACUUGGCGCUGGCGGCCAUAGAUAGAGAUGAGCCUUUACCAGCAGGAGAAAAAGCGGGUAAAGAUGGUCGCUGAGUAGGAGAGAGCUGUGAGUGAAAUGUGCCGAGAAGAGGGCUUUGACAACAAGAGGAAAGAGGGCCCUGCUCUGAAGAGCUAACAAUCUAGUGAUAAAUCAAUAUCUGUAUUUUCUCUUUGGGAAUACUUAUGUUGUACCAGCAGGUUGGAUGCCGGCUGUCACUAUACCGACAUCGGCAUCCCGUCUGUCGCAAUCCCAGGAGCGAGUCCCCUCAUGGGCUCACUGCGCUCGCCGCGCUUCGGGCCUCGUUAUAUUCCCACUCGUUGGUGGCAUGGACCCACCAACCAAGUGGGAAUAUAACCUGUGUUGUUUGGGAUUCCGACCGUUGGCAUUUCACCUGCUGUCAGGAUCCCAACAACGCAUAUAUUAAGUGCAUCCCUUAUAUUUGUACUCCUUAGAAUUUGGGAAUCAUACACGGUGCGGGCUCAGUUGUCUUCUCAUGCAGACUUCAAAGGAUUCCAGCUUUCCACCUUAAAACCAAAAUGUAAUCUUGAGUAUAUGACCCUUAUGACACUGGAAGACCACUCACUGCCGGACGCUGUGACUGCAGGGACGCUGUGAUGGUGUCCGGCAGUGAGUUUUGUUCCACUGUACAAAUAUAAUAUUGAUUUUUGGCCUGUGUGGUGUAUGGUACAAUCUUUGGAGUGUUUAUUACACUGGGGUGCUACAUACGGCUCUGGUUUAGGAGCUAGCACUUCUCUUGCAUGCAAGCACAAAACCCAUUGAAUAUCUGGGAGCUGAAGAAACGGCUAGAAGUUUGAAUCUCUCACCAUUCUGUUACGCAUUUACCAUGAAGGAUUUAAUGCUUUAACACUGAAGGCGUGGCGUUAUACAAUGUUUGGCUAUGUAUGUAUUUGUAUAUAUGUAUAUGUAGAUAUAUCUACAUAGUAUAAAAUAAAGUCCCUGGUAGCUGUC